AUGUUCGGAGUGCGGGAAGAGUUUCCUCCACGGCUCGGACCUGGUGAACCACCAACGCAUCCACACCGGCGCCAAAACCCUUCGUCUGCGGCGAUUGCGGCAAAAGCUCCGGCAGAGCUCACGAAGCUCAUCACCCACCGGCGCAUCCACACCGGCGAAGCGCCUUACGCCUGCGGUUACUGCGGCAAGAGUUUCCGCGUCAGCUCCAACUUCGUCCGCCAUCGACGAAUCCACACCGGCGAGAAACCACGCGUCCACACCGGCGAGAAACCGUACCGUUGCGCCGACUGCGGCAAGAGCUUCAGCCGCAGCUCCCACCGCAAACGGCAUCUCCGUAACCCCCCCGCCAAAGGCCGCGGGCGAUGCGACCGUCGCGGCGGCGCCGAGCCGUCGCCGCCGUUGUCGCCGGCCAAACCCAAGGAUGCCAAAACUGGGAAGAAACCGUCAACCAUCGAGGUGCCCAACACUUGCGCUGAGUGUUGGCAAAGCUUCGGCCAGAGCUCGGAUUUGGUGAAACACAUGCGCGUCCACACCGGCGAGAAACCGUACGCCUGCCCGCACUGCGGCAAACGCUUCAGCGUCAGCUCCAACCUCACCCGCCAUCGCCGCAUCCACACCGGCGAGAAACCGUACGCCUGCUCCGACUGCGGCAAGAGCUUCACCGACAAAUCCACCCUCACCCAGCACCGGCGCGUCCACACCGGCGAGAAACCGUACGUCUGCGCCUACUGCGGCAAGAGCUUCAGCCGUAGCUCGCAUCACAAGCGCCACGAGCGGACCCACGCUGACGACCCCCCCCUGCCCCUCUGGACCUGCCCGCCCCCGGUUUCUAACCGGCACCGGCGGCGUUUUUUUCCAACCACCCCCCCCCACCACCAACCUCGACGUUUCGAUUGGGUCGUACGGACGUAA